AUGGCUCCACCACGCAACACCGCAGCAGCCAACAAGCGCAUCAGGAAGCGUAAGCGCAGGACACAGUUGGAGGACAGCGACAGUAGCAGUGGCAGUAGUAGCAGCGAUAGCAGUUCUUCUGGUGAGAGUGAAGGCGAAGAGCGAGGCGGAGAGAAUGUGGCUGAGAAGCCAGCCAAUCAGCCAAAAUCUAAAUCUGCCAGCUCUGAUCAAGAUAGCAGCGAUUCAAGCGAUUCAAGCGAAUCGAGCAGCUCGAGCAGCUCUAGUAGCAGUGCACCGUCAAUCAGAGUCAAAGGAAAAAAAAAGACUCAACACAGCAUUACUCAACAGCAAAGACAGUCUCCUUCUCCUCCCCCAGAAACUGCAAACGACGCAUUCAUCCCCUCUUCCAUCUUCAACGACACAUCAGGUGCAUCCAGUAAGCAGUUACCUGUAGCCGAUAUCUACACCCCCGAAAACCCCCUCAGAGCCGCUUUUAAAUCUCAGUGGAUGGCUAGCAUAGCGGAUAAUUUCUCUGGCGAUUUGGAGAAACUGAGCGCAGAACCACACAUGAAUGGCGAUAAACUUAGGUUGCUCAUCGCGGCUCUCAGCACAAACAGCACUGCUAUACGCGAUGACGAGGCCGAGCUUGUUUUGUCGAGCCAUUCUCCUCAUUCUCAAAACAAUAGAGACUCACAAGAGGACACUCAAGAUACAAAAAUGGAAGAGUAA